AUAAAAUUAAAAUAUAGUAAGGAUAAUCUUGUAUUUUCAAAACAGCUUUUCGCAGAAUCUCCAAAUCAGAGCUUCUUCUUUUAUGUGGUACAAAAGCGCUUUUCGACUUCUCAAAAGUCAAGCUUUUAAAAGUGUUUGGCCCUGCUUCAACUUUUGAAGCCGAAAAACACUUUUAAAAACCCGGCCAAACAUGGCAAUAACUCAUUCAAGAUUCUGCAAAGGCUUAGCCCAUUACGAGGCCCACUAGAACUGAAGCCCACGCAGUAAGAUGCUCCUUUAUUGGGCCUCCAUUUCAAAAUCCAGUAACUAUAGAAGAGUGCCGCCGUUAUACACACGGGAGAGGGAGGGAGGCGGGGGGCAAAGCUGUCGUUACAGACUUACAGGAAAACAAACCCCUAAUUUCUAAACCCUUUUCUCUGCCGCGCUGCGCUGUGCUCCGCUUCUCUCCCCCCUUCUCCCGGUUCCAGGCUUGAUAUUACUACUAUUUCAUUGACUGUAUCUCCCUCCACCGCAGCCGCUUCAAUCUGCUCCACCGCCUGCUCGCCGCCUAAGCCACCGUAUCCCUAAGCAAGGUACUUCCUGCUUCUGUCUCCUUCUACCACCAUCCAUUUUGCCGCAGUUCGGAAUCUUCAGUGCCUUCAAUUUGGUUACGGGAAAACUGCGUCUUGAAUUUGGUUUCUGAUUUCCUGUAGUGGGAUUCGGUCUUUUUCACCCAUUUGCUCAAUCAGGUGCGGUUGUUGGUUUUGGCUGCCUUUCUACCGCAAUCCUUCUCGGAGGGACUUCUUCAACCCUGGACGGCGUUGCAGGGUUGAGAUGCUGAAGGCGACUUACGUGAACAGCUCACUCGAGUGGAAGCCGUCUCCAGUUGUAGCCCUAGCUACCAGUGUCGAUGACUCCCAAGUUGCCGCCGCUAGGGAGGAUGGCUCCCUGGAGAUUUGGCUCGUCUCUCCUGGCUCAGUUGGUUGGCACUGCCAGCUGACUAUUCAUGGUGAUCGUAGUUCAAGAGUUUCAUCGCUCGUGUGGUGUCGGGCUGGCUCGAAGGGAUUACCUUGUGGCAGAUUGUUCUCGUCAAGCAUUGAUGGGUCUAUUUCAGAGUGGGACCUUUUUCACUUGAAGCAAAAGAUUGUUCUGGAGUCAACUGCCUUCUCGAUUUGGCAGAUGGCGGUUGCACCUCCCUCAGAGGUCAAGUCUCAGAAUUUGGCAAAUGGCUUCUUGAAUGGCAUCCAUCAUGGUAACGAUCAUGAUGAUAAUGAAUCUAGUGAAAGUGAUGAUGAUUCAAGCUCUGAAGAGCAUCUCAAUCAUGUUAUUGAAGAUACAUGCUUGGCAAUUGCUUGUGACGAUGGUUGUGUGCGUAUAUACACUGUUCCAGAAUCUGAUGAGUUGAUAUACAAUAGAACAUUGUCUAGGGUCAGUGGCCGCACUUUAUGUGUGACAUGGAGUUGUGAUGCGAGUAAGCUAUUCUCAGGCAGCAGCGAUGGUUUUAUAAGAUGCUGGGAUGCGACGCUGGGCCAUGAAAUAUAUAGAAUCACAGUUGGGCUUGGUGGUCUGGGUGGUGGAACUGAAAUUUGUGUGUGGUCUCUGCUUGCACUAAGAUGUGGGACCCUCGUUAGUGCAGACAGCACUGGCACUGUUCAGUUUUGGGACUCUCAGCAUGGGACUCUCUUGCAAGCACAUUCUUAUCAUAAGGGUGAUGUAAAUGCGUUGGCAGUUGCUCCUAGUCAUACCAGGGUAUUUUCUGCUGGAUCAGAUGGUCAGGUUAUUCUUUAUAAGCUUUCUAAUAAUGUAGUUGGAUCUAGUGUUGAUACAUCUACAUCCAUUGUAAUGAAGAAAUGGGUCUAUGUUGGUUAUGUUAGAGCUCAUACACAUGAUAUUAGAGCUUUAACUAUGGCUGUACCCAUCAGCCGUGAAGAUGCUUUACCUGAGGAGAAGGCGAAAAUGGGCCGGAAAAGGAGGAGGCAUAUUGAGUUUAGCUAUCACAAGUGGGCACAUUUAGGAGUUCCCAUGUUAAUUUCUGCUGGCGAUGACACAAAGUUAUAUGCUUAUUCUGCCAAGGAGUUCUCUAAGUUCUCUCCCCACGACAUCUGUCCAGCACCUCAAAGAAUGCCCAUUCACUUGGUUCUUAAUACCGUGUUCAACAAGAAUCCUUUACUUCUAGUCCAAGCAUCUAAUUCGUUAGAUAUUUUAUCUGUCCGGUCAAAUAGUGGAAACAUAGCAGAUGGUGUUCAUGGUUCAUCAAAGGGCCGUGCACCCACAGAUUUACUGGCUAGAAUAAAAACAAAAGCAUCCCGUAAGAUCAUAUGUAGUGCCAUUUCUAAUACUGGAAUGCUAUUUGCGUACUCAGACCACAUUAAGCCCAAUCUUUUUGAAUUGAAGAAGCAUGAAGCUAGCAAAAUUGCAUGGACAGUAAGCAAAAUACCACUUCCUCCCAAGUUGCCAUACUCACAUUGUAUGAUCUUUAGUUCUGAUUCUUCAAGGCUAAUAUUGGCAGGCCACAACAGAAAGAUAUAUGUUGUUGAUAUGGAGACCUCUGAGUUAGUGCAUGCCUUCACUCCCCAGCGUCACGAUUACAAUGAGGAAUUACCGCCCUCUGAGCCUCCAAUGACAAAAAUGUUCACCAGCAACGACGGACAGUGGUUAGCUGCCGUUAAUUGCUUUGGUGAUAUUUAUGUGUUCAACAUGGAGACACAAAGGCAACAUUGGUUCAUUUCGAGGCUAGAUGGUGCUUCCGUUACUGCUGGUGGUUUUCCACCACAAAAUAACAAUGUGCUUGUAGUCACUACCUCCUCGAACCAAGUUUAUGCAUUUGAUGUAGAGGCAAAACAGUUGGGGGAAUGGUCAAGGAGGCAUACUUCCUAUCUACCAAGGAGAUACCAGGAGUUUCCUGGAGAAGUUAUUGGUCUCUCUUUUCAGCCGUUGUCUGCUUCUCCAUCUGCCUUCAUUUAUAGCGCAAGGGCUAGGUGUCAGAUCGAGUUCGGGAUGCCAGUGGAUAGAGAGGAAGAUGGUGACUUGGCUAACGGUCCUGUUUUCACAAAAAAGAUAAGAUUAAAACCCCCGGUGAACAACGGUAGCCUGAAAAGAAUACUGAAAGAGUAUCAAACGAAGACUGAGAAUAGGAAGAACUUUGAAUUUCAUUCUUUCAGUGAUCCCGUGUUAUUCAUGGGGCACCUUUCAGAGAAUAGCAUAUUGAUCGUCGACAAGCCAUGGUUAGAUGUAGUUAAAUCUUUAGAAGCUCCUCCAGUUCACAGGCAUAUAUUUGGCACUUAAAGAGUGUUGUGAAAAUAGUUAUAAUGAAUCAGUUGAUCCACAACAAGACGAAAGAGGGGAUAUCAGGUAAGGCACUCAGAAGCAGAGGGGUAAACUAAAACCGGUGGGUUUUCCUAGGCUUCCCGUGGCAGCUACUUGGGGGGGAGAAUGCAGGUGCUCUCAAGCCUUCCUAAUGGGUUUCGCAUUUGAUUUGGAAAGAAGGAUUGCGAGUUUUGCAGGCCAAGGUUGGUGAUUGUGGGACUGGUACUACUGCAUGGUUUGGGGGUCGGGGCUAUGUUCCUGUUGUUUAUUGUAUCCCUAUUAAUAGUUCUUCUAUGCCUUUCUGGAGGGCUAUCUUUUUCUUUCCAUAUCUUUUUGGUGCUUUGUUUCUGGGGACCUUAUAGCAACACUUGGUAGUAGUUCAACUCAAUUUUGUCCUAAAUUUUGGCCUAAAUUAUACGAAAUGUACAAGAAGUUCCCCUAACUCCAUCAUGUCCAAUGAAUUGUUGUAUUGUUUCAUAGUAGGGAUUGAAUCAAUGUUUGAUUUGAUAGGGUGAAAUGACUUAAAGUCAAUUAUAUAUGUUCGAUUCGAUUGACUAUCAACAUGGAUUCUCGAGUUUCUCGAGUGGAAACUAGGAUAAGAUCGACUAGGGGGUUCUUAGUCGCAUGAUUAAGUGAGUGUUAGUCCUUGCAUCUCAUUAAAAUCUAAUAACUCCAAUUGAUCAAAUUUAAUGAAGGGCAAUGUAUUUUUUUUACUGGAAUAUGUGGAAUGAAGGGCAAUGUAGUAAUUGCAUAAAAUAUUUGUUUAUUAAUUAAAAUAAAAAAAAAAUGUGGGCGCCGAACGUCCCUCCCACCCACGUUUCGCCGGCCGGUCGCCUAAUGAGAAUUUCACCCCCCAGCAGGCAGCGGCUUGUAUUUCUUUUGCCGACCAUUUUUUGAAGGGGAAGUCCCCAUGCAGAGAGGGAGAGAGAGUCCAACGACAGUGAAUUUUCUAGCGAUCGGCGACGGAGGAUUUUUCGGCGACUAGAGACGACAGGCGGAUUUUCUGGCGGUAGUGCUGGAUUGGUGAUGUUUGUCUACCUAUUUUGUAACGUUUAUAAGUCCAGUUUAUAAUGUUUAUAUCAAUUCGGUUUGUAUCGAUUAUCAUUCUAGUUUGUUAUUUUUGUAUAUUGUGUUUGUAAGGUUUAUAUGACUAAUUUGAAUAUAUUUUGAUUUAUAAUAUUUGUUAGUCUAGGUUGUAUACUUUUAUGUUAUGAUUUGUAUACUUUGUAUUCUUUGAUUUGUAAUACAAUUUUACCGAUUUGAAUUGCAAGUAGUGCUAUUUUGUAUUAUUAGUAUGCUUUGUAAUGUUUGUCGGUUUAUUAUGUAAUGUUUGCAAGCUUUGUUAUUUUUGUAAUGUUUUUUAUAUAUAAAAAACAACCGGGUAUGCCUAUGGUAACCAGCAUGUCACCGUAACUUGAACUUUUAGGUCGACCUCAUAUAGGAUUAGGUCGACCUAAUAUGCCGUUUCAAUUUUGUGAGGUUCAACGACACAGACACACAGUUGACCUUUUAUAGCAAAUGGUCGACCUCUUGGGAAGCGCAUGGAUGGCAUGUACGACUACAUGGGCCAAGUUUCCACCCAGAUAACUGCCAUGUACGACUACAUGGGGCAAAUGACCACCCAGAUGAGCACACUGCACGUGACCGCGAAUGAGAUGCGAGAUGAGUUUUGAUCUUUCAGUGGAAGAUACAUGCAUGUCACCGUAACUUCCGACUACCAUAAUGCUAGCAACACCAAUGAAGAAAAUGUGGAUGGGGGAGUGAGGGGACAAGAGUAGGAACACGACAAUUUUAGAUUGUGUGUUUUUAUUGUUAAGUGUUAAAAAACGAUUGUGGAUUGA